AAUCACUGGGUUUCUCGUUUUGCCCCCGAAUUUCAAAACUGUUCAAUGUUUCCUAUACGUUUAAUUCCGAUUUUACCGGAAACUGGCCACCGUUAUCUUUGAAAUUUCCUGGAUGUGACAGAAUUUUUGCGUUUAAACGAUGAGUUAUCCAAAUGAAGAUCGACAUGAACGUGAUGUUGUUGGCGGCCAGUCUCGGAAUCCUUCCCAAGACGGAGAAAAACACGACAAAUCUAAAGUUUUGAACGCCAAUCCAGGAGUCCCAAUGGCAGGCCCAGAGAGUGGAACUUAUCAUAGAGCGCAUGUUGAUCAAGCAAGUAUCAAGAUGGGAAAACCUCUUCAGAAUCGCCCAAUAGCUCCAGCUUCAGGCUCUAUUGGAAUGAUCCCUAGUCACCUUGCACCUGGUCUUGUUGCUGGCACCAUGCAAGGAUUUAAUGCUGGCCAUCCUUUGAUUGCUUCAAUGAUGAGGAUGCCUCAGCCAGCCUUCUCACAUGUCCCCGUAGGAGCUGCUGCAGGGGCACUUGCUGGGGUGACACCCAGGAAUACUUCUUUACGUACCCCAACAAUGCCAGCUGCUGUGAAACCUAUGGGACACACCAGUCAAACUCAUAACAGUGGUCAGUCACAGUCACAGGCUCCCAUAACAACAGGCACCUCUUGUCCUUCAUCCCCUGGCCCAUCUUCUUCUUCUCAUCUUGCAACUGUCGCAGUCUCUUCAUCUUUGCAUCAGCCCAUAGCAGACCACAAGUCAAGUGACAUGCGAGAGGCAAGACCAGGUUUGAUGACUGAUUUGGCAAGAAGAGGUGCAUCACCCACAGUUCAGGCAGUGGCACCAGCCCAUCCACCAGCUUCUACUAGUAACAAAGUCAUCUCUAUUGUACCAUCAGCACCUCUCUCACAGAGUCAUCAAGUACCAAAACAGUCUGUUCCCACAGUGUCAUCACACCAUCCCAUUUCUGCACAUGGUAGUGGACCAGUUACAGGUACAGGGACAUCUGUCAGUAGCACCAUUUCUCACAUGCCAUCAGCUGCUGUUGGCAUGUCUGGUCAUUCUCAAACGUCAAAAAUAGUCUCAUCAAACACAGUCAGUGUGACACCAGCUGUGCUGACAACAACAGCAAGAAUCUAUACUCCACCUCACAUUGCAUUCACGGCUCCAAGGCAGCCACCUAUCUCAAGCUUGGAAUCCACCACGAAUCCAGCAGCAGAUCAUGCAAGGUUGAGCAAACCAAGUGGGACGGCAUCUCCAGCAACAGUGUCAUCUCAUCAUACCAGCACUAUUUCCACUGUUCCUCACAUGGCUGGGCCUUCUCUCAACUCAGUUGUUGGAAAUGAAAGCCGAAUGGACAGAGCACAUCAGGCCUUGCCCCAGUUCCCUUACCACCCUAUGGCUAGUAUGGCAGGUCUAUUUUAUCAAGAUGCUAUAUCUGCAGUGCACCCAGGGCUUCAUCCACAGUAUCACCAACCAGCCUUUGGCCCAAUGCCGUCUCUUGCCAGAUCACAGGGUGUGGUCACUUCUGCUGCGGCUGCUGCUGCAGCUGCUGGAGUGAACCCUAUGCAGAUUAUGGAUCAUUCAAGGUUGAUUUUCCAACCAUCUGCAGCACUUGGUGUUGGAGCUUCAAGUAUAGCGAACUUAACUGGGACAGACACGCCGGCUAGUGCUGGUAUUAUGGACAUCAGUGGUGCAAUUGCUGGUACAUACAGUGUUCCAAUCUUCAAUGUCCCACCGUCAGCCGGAAUCCAGGCCACACAGCUGACAGCUCCAAAUCCCAAUGCGACAUCUCCGCGGCCAAGCAUUCUACGAAAGAGAACUUCAGAAGGGGUGCGUAAACCUCCAAGCCAACUGCCGUUUGCCGCUGAGAUGCUGGUAUCAAAUCAGACGGAGGCCGCAGCCAGCCCAAGAUCGGACAGUACACUGUCUGCACCACACUCCACACAGAACUCGCCUAAACCCGCAAGUGAUUCUGGAAGUCAAUCGAACGAAACUGCAGCCGUAACAACAGCUAGUGUUACAACAACAGAACAGCCAGCUGUCAAUCAAACCGCUCCCGUGUCACCGAGUAAAGUCAAGAGAGAACCGUUCAGCGAGGCGGCACCUACCCCAAGUGUGGCUACCACUGCUGUGUUGAACGGAAACACUCCUGUCGCCCCUGCCACGCCCUUACUCGCAAAUGCUACAACUACGAGCAGCGAGGCGGCUUCACCGAGGAAAAAACCACGAAAGCAAAAUGUUGUCGCUACGGAAGACAAGUUCGGUAGUAACGUUAACAUGGAACCUGAUUCGCCAACAGAUGAAGACAAGAAACCAAAACAGGAUGAAGCAGAUGAAGAUUUGAAGUUCAUACUACUAAAGAGGCCAAAAAUCUCCAUCGUUGCGAAUUACAAGAUCAACACAAAAGCAGCUCAUAACCAUUUCCAGCGGUAUUCUGAUGUCAAGGCAAAAGAAGAAAGAAAACCCUCCAUACAAGAAAUUGCCAGUCAGAAGGGGAUUAUACAGAGAGCAAACGGCUGGCGGGUCCAGCACAUCGCUGGACAAAUGGACGAGCUGAUCGCUGCUGAACAGGAAGUGUUGAAAAAGAUGGGAGAGAUCAGAGAAAAGAUUCCUAAGGUGAAACCGGGUCAGAAAACCAAAUUCCAGGACGAUUUAGUGAUGUUAAAUGAGUUACUUCAGGGUAACAUUCAAAGAUCGCAGCUGGUUGUUGAACAGCUUGGAGAUUCGCGAAAAUCUAUGAUCAAGGUUUUGGAUCACAGGCCGCGUGUAAUGGAUAUAAUUCAAAAACAGAUGAGUAAGCGAAAUCCCAAGAAGAAGAGCCAAUAACUUGAUAGAAGGCCAGGACAUCUUAAGACUGAGGAUAUUUUAAUACAUUGUACAAUUCUCAAGCGAUGGUUUCAUGCCGGGCCAACUGUCAUGAAAUCUCUUCGGAUAUACAUAUGAAAAAGAGACUUAUUCUCAUUAUUUAACUCGUGGAUCUUCUUAUUUUACUUCUCUUUCAACAUCCAUCCAAGCUUUCUUACUUGGCAGUUCAGUAUGCGCUUUGAAGCUUCAAUGGGAAGGCUUUAUUA